UAUGUUUGUUGACAUCUGAAAUAUGUAAACAUUGACAAAAUAUAUGAAUACCUCAUUUAUUUUAUAUAAUUGAGGAUCUUUCAAAAGUGAGAUAUUACUGCAGAUAAUAUCAUACCCAUAAAGAAAUAAGAUUAUGAAUUAUAAACAUGGCAGCUGGUUGUAGCUACACUGACUUUACGUCUGGAAUAAAAUUUGUGAAAUCUGCUAAUGAUUCUUCAGCAACAAAUAUUGAUUCUCAUGCAGAUACGGACCAAUGUGAUUCCUUAGUUGAUGCUGUAUUUGGCCAGCCUGGUAUUCGAGGACAACUUGUUAUUUAUUAUGGUGGGACUUCUGAUAGUCCACUCAAUAUUCUUCAAAAUUCUUUGUCAGUAUUGCAAAUGAGUAUUAAUGUUGAUAUAGAUAAGAAAACUAAUGAUUACAACUUAUUUAUUGGGAAUGAAAUAAUCUGCUCUGGUAGUUUCAAAAGAUUUGAAAAUAAACAAGAUGCUAAACAUGAGUUAGCAAAAGAUGCACUGGAUUUACUUAAGAAAGACUGCUUUGUCCUAGUGAGAAAUAGAGAUCAUACAGACAUUACGGAAGACGAUUUGAUGAAGAAAUUUGAAAGUCCAUUGUUAUCCGAUUCAGAUUUCAACAAACCUGGUAGUACAGCACAUAAUAUGAUGCUCAAGAUGGGUUGGCUUGGGGGUGGUUUGGGUUCUAAGCAACAGGGAAGAGUUGAAAACGUUCAACUUUAUGAAAAUGUUGAUAGGCAAGGACUAGGAAAUAAAAAUAUUUUAAAAGAAGUCACAAAAAUAUUGAAGGACUUUUCAAAAUCUAAUAAAUUUACUAUAUUAGCUUUUGAUUCAUCAUUCACAAAAUCUGAAAGAGAAGCUAUUCAUAAGACAGCUAGAAGGUUUAAUUUGAAAUCCAAAAGUGAAGGCAAAGGAGAUGACAGAAGAAUAACAGUUAGUAGGAAAAUAAACCGUUCGGAUAUAGUUCGGCAAUUAUUGAAGGCUGGAGGAGAAAGUAGUAGUUAUAUCCUUAAAAUACCAGAAAAUUUUAAACAUUUUGAAUUGAACAGAUAGGUGUUUGAAUGUUUAUAUGUUAUUUCACCUUCACAAUUGAUAUUACUAACCUUCAUUUACCAGUGUGAAUAGUGUAGGAAAGUUGAAAACUAAUUUUAAAUGCAACAU